AUGUCUACCUCUACUACCGGUGUCGGCAACUUCAACACCCAGGAAGUUCAGCCAUGGGACCAGCCGAUCAAAGACUACCAGAAGACGUUCCAGCUUCUAGAGUAUCACGACACUCAGCCAGAGCUUCCCAUUGGUCUGACCAGUCUCGACAUGGACAAGGAGCACAACCUGCGCAUCAGAGCAGAAGUCGUUAACCCUCAAUCCAACACAUUCACCGCCAAAAUCUGGACCUGGUACGACACGAAGCUCUACUCUGCCGGAAUGAGCUGGAUCGAAAAAACCCAUAAGUUGCCAUUCCUCCAGUCGGGCACCUUUGAUACAAACGAGAUCCGCGAUUGGCGAAAGCCCCAGCAUGAUAAUUCAAAAGUUAUCCAGUUUUCUACUCCCUUCUCCUCUGCACCCAAGGUUGCCUGUUUCCUCACGUACUUUGACAUGGAGAAGGGGAAGAACUGGCGUCUCAAAGUGAUUCCGUCCAACAUCACCUCAACCGGCUUCAAGAUCACCAUCAAGUCGUGGUUCGAUAGUGUUCUGUACGGAGCCAGCGCCACCUGGGUGGCCUAUCCGUCCGAUAUGUCUUCCAUCAGCAGUGGUCGCUUUUCCACGGGGGAUAUUCGCGAUUGGAGAAACCCCCAGCAGAAAAACUCGUCAAGAGUGGAUUUUAACUGGCAGUUCACCAAGCCCCCGAGCUUGUUUGUGGGUUUGGAUGAGUUUGAUUACAACAGCGACUACAAUCUACGGCUGAAACUUGAGACAUCUGAUGUCACUACGACCGGUUUCAAGUGGAAUCUGGAUGCAUGGUUUGAUUCGGAGAUGUAUCAAUCUGGGGCGAGCUACCUUGCGUGGGACGCUGAUGCAUUGCCCUAG